GUAUAAUUCCCAUUCCACCAAAUUUAAAACUUUCUGUACAUCAAUGCUCAUUUUUCUUUCCUGACCUUGGUCUAUUUCAAUAUGUGGUUCUAGUUUACAUCACUUGUUGAAUUUCCUAACAAACAAAAUGCUUCGCGCGCUAUGACAAUGCAACUCACAGCCUGGAAGAGGGCGGUUUCGAACUUGAACACGCCGUCUACCAAGGAUCUUAGCAGGAUCAAUGGCUCGAAUUCAUUGCCAUCCCGGUCUGCGCGGAGCACCGCAAAUAGCGGUUGGUACUCGGUAACAUUUGCUUCGCCAUACACUUCCAUUUCCAAAUCCCAAAAACAUAAAAAAAGUCUUGAUAGGGAUUUCUUCCUGUCCGUACUCGGGACUUCGGUCACCAAACGAGAUGCCAAGGCUUAUAUGAACAAAUUUGUUCCGUUGUUGGAGAAGAAAGGGGCGACAGGCUUUAAGGAGCGUGCAACACUGACUCGUCCGGCAACUAACAAAGAUGCUGCGAAAGACACGGCUAUAAACGAUGCUCCCAUCGCGAAAAAGGACCCUAUCCAGGGACCUAAACCCGAAGCUGAUGUCGCCAUUCAACUACCGUUGUACGUUGCUCUGGUUAAGUUCCGUGCUCCUCAAGAAGUCGAUGAUGCCACCCUAAAUGGCGUGGGAAAAACUCUAGGUCAACUUCGGAAGCUUGGAUUAAUCAGUAUCGUCGUGGUUGACUGUGGUACCUCUGGGGAAAAUGAGGCCGCUCAGCGACAAACCGCCUCCAUACAAGCUAAUCGUAUUGCUAUGGCGAUAGAUAAAUAUGACGCCCCCGGGGCGCGGGUUAUUGACUCACCAAUUACUAUCGACACUCCAACCGAAGGAGACACUUCACCGUUCACUUCGCGCGGCUUGUUUAUCGGAAAUCCCAAUGAUCUGAUGGCUGCAUUACAAGAGGAGGUGGUCCCUAUCAUUUCCUCUUUCGGGUACACAUCCGAUGCCUGCGCAGUCAAACCAGUUGAUGUCAACGACGCUAUAUUGGCCCUUACGAGACAGUUGUCGGGCCUUCAGUUCAUAGGACAACCGGUUGAAGAUUCAAAAUCGAUACAAACAUCAAGACUAGCCGAGGUUUAUCGACUUAUUGUAUUGGAUCCUUUAGGGGGGAUUCCGGCCAGAAACCGAGCUACUGGAAGGCACUUAUUUCUGAACCUAGAACAAGAAUUACCAGAGGUUCGAAAUGAAUUGACAUCCCCGACACCAACAAGCCCGGAUGGACCAAGUAUGGAUAGUCUGCAGCAUUUAGAAAAUGCCGAACUAACGAAAGAUGUCCUUUCUCUACUACCUCCGACCUCCUCCGCAGUUAUAACAUCCCCACAGGAAGUCGCAAACGAACGUGGGCUACAAGAUAAUAGCGUGGAUUGGGCCCUUGUCGGCACACGACGAGGUCAGAACCCAUUGAUACACAGUCUUCUCACCGACAAGCCGGUCCAAUCUUCAUCGUUACCAUCUGAGCGUUUUAGACCCGUUACGUCACCAAAUGGUAUGGCUCAGAUUGGUUCAUUAACGACACUAGUCAAGCGUGGGAUGCCCUUAACUGUAUUCCCGGAUCCUCGAGUUACCCCAUGGAAACCACCCAUGCCAGGAGAGAGAGGCUUGAACCUUACGGACCCGUGUAUUGAUCUUCCCAGACUCGUCAAUUUGAUUGAAGAUUCUUUCGGCAGAAAACUCGACGUAGAUCACUAUCUGAAGAGGAUCCACGGAAACCUAGCCGGCAUCAUCAUCGCAGGAGAGUAUGAAGGAGGCGCGUUACUGACAUGGGAAAAACCUCCUGGCUUAGAUGGAUCUGAAGCAGAUGACCCAAAGCGGCUCGUGCCAUACUUGGAUAAAUUUGCCGUUCUUCGCAAGAGCCAAGGAGCUGGAGGAGUGGCCGAUAUCGUAUUCAAUGCUAUGGUUCGUGGCUGCUUGCCAGAAGGGGUUUGCUGGAGAAGCAGGAAGGAUAACCCUGUCAACAAAUGGUAUUUUGAACGAUCGAGGGGCUCGCUGAAGUUCAAGGACAUGAACUGGACUAUGUUCUGGACGACUCCUAACUUAGCUUUGGACGGGCAGAAAUUCCGAGACUAUGAGAGUGUCUGUCGAGGAAUUGAGCCGUCAUGGGCGGAUAACAAACCUGUUGUCGAUUAAAUAGAGGAGU